AUGGGUGAAGAUCAAAAGGAUUCUCAGAAAUCCUCGAAAUAUUCAGAGAAUCCCAAAGCUAGCUACAGAAAGGAUACAGUUAAAUAUGCGAAGGUAUCCGAAUCUACGAGUAAUUUAGAAAUUUCUCUUUUAUCCAACGCUCGCUUAGAUAGUAAUUCAACUAAUAUUAUUAAAAAUGAUAAUAAAACAAACAAUGAUAAUAAUAAUGCACGCCAAUUAGAUCGCAAUAAGUCAAUUGAUACCAUGAUAGCAAACAUCAGCGAACCAGAAGAAAUUAUAAAAAGUAGCAAAAUUAAAAUUCGCCGGAAUUCAAGUUUAAUUAGUUUUAAAUCGCUAGAUAUGAGCCUCAAGUCGAUAUACUCAUCAUUUAAAGGGCACAAAAAUAGCAUUGAGAAGGGUCGCAAUGAGUCCGUAUCAACUCAAAAAAGCACUUGUAUACUUCGUGCACCAUAUCUUAAGGUAGAGACAGCAGAAAAUGACGAAUCACAAAAAUUGCUUCUAACUUACGCUCAAUCACCCGGGGGUUCGCAGCAUCGAAGAAGUUUCGACACGACUAGUUCUCAAUAUCUCAGCACACAAACUAACUACCAAGAGCUCACCCAAUCUCCACAUAGUAGCUCGCCUUAUUUGUCCGUAAGUACUGGUAACAUACGCCGUUCAUCUACAACAGAUAUUUUGGGUAGUGCAAAUAGUAAUCGUAAAGGCAGCGUUCAACAAUCAUCUUGUGGAUCAGUACUAGAUAGUCGCAAACCUAGUACUUCGGAUAUGCUUCGCAAGGCUCGUGAACGUAAAGGUAGCGAAGGCAAAAUAGGACGCAGCAUAUCGCAGGGAGGCAUUUCGCGGGGUGGUAUGAGGAAUCGUCGUAUCAGUAUGGCAUAUUAG